UCCCCGCCUGAAGCCCGGAUGGGUUGUAACGCCAUUACCGCGGUAGCCGCUUAGCGAGUUCUCGAAGCCGGCCUGGGCACCGGACGGGCCGCCAUGCGACUGCUUCGCCGCCUGCUGCUGCUGCUGCUGCUGCUGCUGCUCGUCCCCGCCGUGCUGCAGCGGGGCGGCCCGCCAGGUUCCUUAGCUGAGGCUCAAGACCUGACGGAAGAUGAGGAAACGGUGGAAGACUCAGUCAUUGAAGAUGAAGACGAUGAGGCCGAGGUAGAGGAAGAUGACCCUACAGAUUUGACAGAAGAUAAGGAAGAAGAGGAUGUACCCGGUGAGCCUGAGGCUUCACCAAGCGCAGACACAACCAUCUUGUUCGUGAAAGGAGAAGAUUUUCCAGCAAAUAACAUUGUGAAGUUCCUGGUGGGCUUCACCAACAAGGGCACGGAAGAUUUUAUUGUGGAGUCCCUGGAUGCCUCCUUCCGGUACCCUCAGGACUACCAGUUUUAUAUACAGAAUUUCACAGCUCUGCCUCUGAACACGAUAGUGCCACCGCAGAGACAAGCGACUUUUGAGUACUCCUUCAUCCCUGCAGAGCCCAUGGGUGGCCGGCCCUUCGGGCUGGUCAUCAACCUCAACUACAAGGAUUUCAGUGGCAAUGUAUUCCAAGAUGCUGUCUUCAAUCAAACAGUUACAGUUAUUGAAAGAGAGGAUGGGUUAGACGGAGAGACAGUCUUCAUGUACAUGUUCCUCGCCGGCCUCGGGCUCCUGGUGCUUGUUGGUCUUCACCAGCUGCUGGAGUCCAGAAAGCGUAAGAGGCCUAUACAGAAAGUGGAAAUGGGCACCUCGAGUCAGAACGAUGUGGACAUGAGUUGGAUUCCGCAGGAAACCUUGAAUCAGAUCAUGCAGAGUAGACGAGAUAAAGCUUCGCCGAGAAGGCUGCCCCGGAAGCGGCUACAGAAGAGGUCUGCGGGCUCUGAUGAGUGACGCCCUUGUGCAGCAGCUCCGUCUGUGCUUGUCCUGCCGUGCGUGGCUCCGUGCCGACGCCGCGUCCCCGCACGAGGCGCCUGCUGCUUACACGUGGCCUGGGCAGGCAGUGUGGCGUUAAUGCACUGCGUUCAUUUUUCUAAAGUAACAAAUCUGGUUUUUUAAAAACCAUUAAAAUCUGUGUGUGCGUGUGCAUGUAUGUGAGCAGUUGGUCUUAGCAGAAUCAUUGUGGAAUGCCUGAAACAUGCCUUUAGAAUGCUAGGAUGCAGCUAACACUUCCUUUUGACAUUGUAUGAUUUUUUUUCCCGCCAAACCUUUAGGAAUAAUAUGCCCAAUAUGCUUAUACUUGUCCUGCCUCGAGCUGUUUGCAAGGCAGUAAUUUAUUUCUUCCUUGGACUGGCUCCCGUGCCGGCCCUUGUCCGUGGACCAGCACUCUGAAAGUGUGAGCAGGUCCCUCUGCUCUGAGCGGGCGUUUGGCAUUUUGCUGCUGCUUACGAUAAUGCACACGUUCCACAAACCUUCCGUCACAGAUUCAAGGAAUUCAGGGUUCUGUUCUACCGACAAAAUUGUGUGAAACAUAAAAAUUGUGCCCACUUCAGUGUAUAAAAUCUAAUCACUUUUUAAACAAAGCAAACGUGCAUGCGGACUAAUGGAGUUUGUCGGCAUCGCUGAUUCUGACCGAGGGUGACUGGGUGAUUGCAGACCUGCGCACUUGGCAGAGGAAGCUGCUCCGUUCUCCGUCCUCGUGGAAGCAUGGCUCUUAGAAAGGGGGCUGGGCUUACACGCUCCACGGACGAGAAGCGCGUGUGUGCUCCUGGGGACGUCGGCCAUUCUGAGCCCCGAAGGCCAGCUUGGGGCAGGUGUUCUGAAAGCAGUUUGUAUUUGCUUUUUAUUGAAUCCUUUGUGUAGGGGGAAAGAUGUCGGCAUAGCUUUUUUCUUUGUUAAACUGAAAACCGCCAAAAUUCUCUGCUGUUCAUUAGGACCCAGUGGACAUAACACCUCUUAGAGAGUUAUACUCACUCCAGGUGGAAAAUUAAGUUUGCUGCCGUUGUCAAAUUGGAUUCAGGAUAAAGUAAGAAAACAAAAUAGUGCAGUCGCAUUUUAAGCCACGCGCUCACACGCGUGUUCUGUGAGGAAGUGAUCAGUGACAUGUUAGUGGCUGUCACAUCUCUGACCCCUGCAUUUUCUGCAGUGUCCUCGCUCUCACACCACAGAGCGAAAGACAGAAGAUGUUCGCAGGCUGUGUGAGGCCAGAGCCCAGGUCGGGGACAGUCCCCGUGUGGUGGCCCGUCGCUGUGCGACCAGGAACCGAGAUGCUCCAUGCGUGGGCUCUGCUGCAUCCUGAAUUGUCUAUUUCUGUGUAAUACAAAGGAUUUGGAUUUUUAA